AUGCUAUAAAACCAGCACACCAAACUACUGAACUGACAACUUUGAUGCUGGUUUCGUGAGGACGAUUAAUAUUUUAUUGGAAGAAAGGAAGAUCCUGUUACAACAGCAUGAUACUAAUAUUGUGUAUUAUCCUGUGUGCUCUAACUUACAACGCACGAGCACACGAGUGUGCAUGCGCGACAACCAAUGUUAACGUGAGAACCGGAUCUAGCACUCGGUACCACAUCUUGAAAACAUUGAAAACUGGGAAUUGUCUUCCCUACAAGGGCGACAACUCUAAUGGAUGGGUUCACGUCGAUUACAACGGUUCUGACGGUUAUAUAUCUGGGAGAUAUGUCACCAUUCAAACCUGCGCAGGGGCAGCACGAGCACAAGGGUGCGCAUGCGCGACAACCAAUGUUAACGUGAGAACUGGUUCUAGCACCCGGUACCACAUCUUGAAAACAUUGAAAACCGGGAAUUGCCUUCCCUACAAGGGCGACAACUCUAAUGGAUGGGUCCACGUCAAUUACCACGGUUCUGACGGUUAUAUAUCUGGUAGAUAUAUCACUCUUGGAAGCUGCGGUGGGGGAAAUGGGGGAAAUGGGGGAGCAGUGUGUCCCACCAUCGUUUCGCGGGCGGAGUGGGGUGCCAGGCAGCCCAAGAACCACACACCCCUGAGUGGUGCCACGAAGUACGUGUUUGUCCAUCACAGUACUGGGGAAGGCUGCACAACCCGGGCAGACUGUAGUAGGAAAGUCAGGAGCUUCCAAAACUACCACAUGAAUUCGCGCGGCUGGUCUGAUAUUGGAUACAGUUUCCUUGUGGGAGAAGAUGGAAACGCUUACGAAGGGCGUGGAUGGAACACCCAGGGGGCGCAUACCAAGGGAUACAACUCCGUCGCGCUUGGAAUCUGUAUGAUCGGGAACUUCCAGAACCGUCUGCCAAAUCAAGCCGCCCUGGACACCUUACACAAACUAAUUGAGUGUGGGAAAGCUAACGGCAAGAUAAAGUCGGACUAUAUUCUGAAAGGUCAUCGUGACAUAGGAGCUACGGCCUGUCCGGGUCAAAAGUUGUAUGACCUCAUCAAAACCUGGCCUCAUUAUCGGUAAAAACAUUCAUAUGUAUUUUACUUGGCCUCAUUAACAAUAAGGCGCGCGUGUGCAUUAUAUUUGGAAAUACAAAUAACAAAUCUGUUGUUUAGAAUAUGUCAUAACAAUUAAAGAGAACAAUGAAUAUACUUGU